AUGAAGUUCUCAGCAACUAUCAUUGCCUUCUUCGCCGCUGGCGCUUUGGCUGCUCCCUCGGGCCAUGGUCUCGCUGCCCGCACCGAGGCACGCGCCGUUGGACGCAGCCGUCUCAGCAACCCUCGCCGACCUGGCUCUGGCACGCUCAACAAUGAGCUCACCGGUGAAGCCACCAAUACCACCAACGUCGACUACUCCUCCAACUGGUCUGGAGCUGUCUUGACCUCUCCCCCCGCCGGAGCCACCUUCACCUCCGUCUCUGCUCGAUUCACCGUCCCCACCCCCAAGGCUGUUAACGGCAAGGCUGGAUCUUCAUCUGCCUGGGUCGGUAUUGAUGGCGACACCUACAGCAAUGCUAUUCUCCAGACCGGUAUUGACUUCAGUGUUACCGCCAGCGGCGCCGUUUCCUACGAUGCUUGGUACGAGUGGUAUCCCGACUACGCCUACGAUUUCUCUGGCAUUUCUAUCAGCGCCGGUGACGUGAUUGCCGUCUCUGUUGUCUCUAGCUCUUCCACUGCCGGAACCGCUGUCAUUGAAAACGUUACCAAGGGUCAAACCGUGAGCAAGAAGCUCACUGCCCCCAGCUCCUCUGCAAAGCUUGGUGGCCAGAACGCCGAAUGGAUUGUUGAGGACUAUGAGGAAGGUAGCAGCCUCGUCACUCUUGACAACUUUGGCACCGUUACUUUCACUUCGGCUUCUGCUGGUUUGUCGAAUGGAAACUCUGUUGGUACUACCGGUGCCGACAUUAUUGACCUCGAGCAGAAUGGCCAGGUCUUGACCUCCGUGACUAUUCCUAGCUCUUCUGAGGUCGUUGUUAAGUACGUUUAA